AAAGUUUAUGAUGGGCUAUCAUGUUUAAAGUGCACACUAGGUCUGAUAUGCAGAAAUGUUGUCCGUAACUAUGGUCUGACAUCAUAAUAACCUAACUAGGCCUAAUUACAAUGGAAACCGUUAUAAACUGUUUCCCAAAUAGAAGAUUUGAGUAGGGUAACAUAUUUAGUUGCAAGGUUAAUAGGCUUAGGCUAAAAACAAGAGCAAAGUGCAGAAUUGCAGUGCGGAGUCAUGAGGUUUACUAUAGGCCAGGCCUAUUCAUAGAAAUUGACCUAAUAAAUGGGUUCGACUGAUCGGACAAAGAGCAUCUGUGAGACCAACGUUUAAGACUCUAACUACCAGAAUGCAUCAGAACAAAACAAAUUCUUUCCAAUCCUCCCUCCCCCUUAGUUUGGGGUAGAGAUUGCCUAAAAAAGCACUUAUCUGGAAUCAGUUUAGACCCCCCCCAAUCCUAACCCAAACCUUUACUGGUUCAUAUCCAAAUCUGAAUCUAGAUCAGUGUCUAGCGGGAGACUUCAUCCGAUUCCCCCUCCCCUCGCUUUUCGCUGACGGCUGUGUGCUGUGCGCUGCAGGGGGCGGGAGGCAAGGAGAGCGAAGCGGCAGAAGGCUCAUUGUGUGUCGGCUAAAAAAGGGGGGUCGUUGCGGGGGGAGAAUGCGUGCGUGGAGGCUGAACUCUCGCUUUUGUGGCUUGUGGAGGAGGGGGGCGGAUUAAGUAGCCUGCUCGCUCAUACACACACCACGAUCGCCCGGUUCGUUUAUCAGCAUCAUCAUGCCCGUUACCGAGGAUACAACGUGAACUGGGGUGGGAUGCAGACCUAGCGCGAGACGGGCAGUGGGACGUCGGUCUCGGCUGGAUUCGGUAAAUGGUGCUUGAAACGUGCGGUCGGCGGCGAUGAGAAGAAAGGAGGACAAAAGAUGAACGGAUGGAGGAUAGACAUGGCCCCCCGGUAGACACGCGCCUUCGGUAUACCGCAUCUCUCUGAUCUUGCGCCGCCGUGCGAGUCUGUCUGUUGGUCGGUCUGACUGUCUCACCGGGGAAAAAACGAACAGUAAUCCCGAAUCACAGGAGGCGCUGCCUUUGGGCUAUCUGACUAACUGGGAGACUAUUGUCUGUGUGUGUUUGUGUGUGUGAUUUUACGUUAGGGGUGUGAUUGUGUGUGAGGGUGUGCUUGUGUGUAUGUGCUUGCGUGUUCGUUUGAUUUGAUGGAGAGGGGUGUGUGAGGGUGAGUGAGUUGCUGGUGCAGGGGUGUGUGUGUGUGAGUUAAAGGUGCUGUGUGAGUGUGUGUGAACCAUGGGGAACGCAGAGAGCAUGGAGUCCCAGCUAGCGGUGAUCAGGGCCAGGGCUGCACCGGUCAAGCUGCCCAUGCCGGACCCUACCGAGCUGGAGGAGAGGUUCUCCAUUGCCCUGAACUCGAUGAACCUGCCUCCUGAUAAGGUGCGUCUGCUGCGUUGCUACGACAACGAGAAGAAGUGGGAGCUGAUAUGUGAUCAGGAGCGUUUCCAGGUGAAGAACCCCCCUCACACUUACAUCCAGAAGCUGAGAGGAUUCCUUGACCCUGCGGUCACACGCAAGAAAUUCCGUCGGAGAGUCCAGGAGUCGACUCAGGUACUCAGAGAACUGGAGAUCUCGCUCAGGACCAAUCACAUUGGGUGGGUGAGGGAGUUUCUCAACGAGGAAAACCAGGGCCUGGACGUCCUAGUAGAGUACCUGUCUUUUGCUCAAUACGCAGUCACGUUUGAUGGCGAGUUAUCUGAGACUAGUACUGAAGAUAGAUCUGUUGAUUCACCCUGGAGUCGUUCGAUAGAAGAUCUCCAUGGCGACAGCAACCUGCCCUCCCCCUCAAGUGGCAACAACACAGCGCGCUCCGCACGCCACUCCAUCGGUUCGGCAUUGGUGUCCAGGUCCAACACACUGCCAAGUAGGAAGACGCUGAAGAACUCCCGUCUGGUGUGUAAGAAGGACGACGUGCAUGUGUGUGUGAUGUGUCUCCGGGCCAUCAUGAACUACCAGUAUGGCUUUAACAUGGUGAUGUCCCACCCCCAUGCCGUCAAUGAGAUUGCUCUGAGUCUCAACAACAAAAACCCAAGGACUAAGGCUUUGGUAUUGGAGCUGUUGGCUGCCGUGUGUUUGGUCCGAGGAGGUCAUGAGAUCAUCCUGUCUGCUUUUGACAACUUUAAAACGGUGUGCUCAGAGACCCUGCGGUUUGAGAAGCUGAUGGAGCACUUUAAGAAUGAGGAUGACAACAUUGACUUCAUGGUGGCCUGCAUGCAGUUCAUAAACAUAGUGGUUCACUCAGUCGAGGACAUGAACUUCCGAGUUCAUCUUCAGUAUGACUUCACCAAACUCAAUCUGGACGAGUACCUUGAGAGGUUAAAACACACAGAGAGUGACCGUUUGCAAGUGCAGAUUCAGGCCUAUCUGGACAAUGUCUUUGACGUGGGGACACUGCUGGAGGACGCCGAGACCAAGACCGCAGCAUUGGAGCGGGUCGAGGAGCUGGAGGAGAACAUGUCACAUAUGACAGAGAGGCUGCUGGACACAGAGAACGAGGCCAUGGCCAAGAUUGUAGAGCUGGAGAAACAGCUGAUGCAGACCAACAAGGAGCUGGACACCAUACGGGAUGUGUACGCAAGUGCUAACAACCAGGUGCAUACCCUGCGGAGGAUUGUGCGCGAGAAGGACCAGACGAUUCGCAGGCAGAGCCGACUGGAGCGCCAGGCCCAGGAGGGCGUGGGGGGUGUCUUGAUGGCACAAGGAGGUGGCCCCUUACACCCUGCGAGGGGCGAGGGUGAUGGAGGUGUCGGGGACUCGUCCUCGCCCUCGCCGAUCCUCGGAAUGACGCUGUCGCCCAGUCCGGAGACAGUGGGCUACGGUGGACUGCCAGGGGCGGGGCUAGGGAUGAUGCCAGUCCCUCCUCCGCCCCCACCACCUCCACCGAUGCCGGGCACCAGCGAGUUGUUAAACGGAUCCUACCCGGCCCCUCCCCCCCCCCACUCCUCCUCCGCCGCCCCACCCCCUCCUCCCCCCUUACGUUCCAUGGAGUCCUCUGGCCCUCUUCCUCCCCCGCCUCCCCCGUGUGCUCCCCCACUCCCCGGCUGUGGCGGAUCACCCACGGUUAUCUUUAACUCCGGGCUAGCAGAGGGCUCACUCAAGCUGUUCUCGGUGAAGAUUAAGAAGCCCAUCCAAACCAAGUUCCGUAUGCCAGUGUUUAACUGGGUGGCUCUGAAACCCAGUCAGAUCAACGGAACUGUCUUCAACGACAUCGACGACGAGAAGAUCCUUCAGGAGUUAAAUGUGGAGGAGUUUGAGGAGAUGUUUAAGACCAAGGCCCAGGGACCUGCACUGGAUGUGACUCUGAGUCGACACAAGGCACCCCAGAAGGGCCCCAACAGGGUGUCCCUUCUGGAGUCAAACAGGGCCAAGAACCUGGCCAUCACCCUCCGCAAGGCUGGCCAGGGGCCCGAGCACAUCUGUAGGGCCAUCCAGACGUUUGACAUGCGCACGGUGCGCGUGGACUUCGUGGAGUGCCUAAUGCGUUUCAUCCCCACCGAGGGCGAGGUGAAGAUGCUGCGACAGUAUGAGAGAGACAGAAAGCCUGUGGAGGCGCUGAGCGACGAGGACCGCUUCAUGUUGCAGUUCAGCCGGAUUGAGAGACUGACUCAGCGUAUGUCCAUCAUCACCUUCAUGGGCAACUUCCAGGACAACAUACAGAUGCUCACGCCGCAACUCCAUGCCAUCAUCGCUGCUUCUGUGUCCAUCAAGUCUUCGCAGAAACUCAAGAAGAUUCUAGAGAUUAUCCUGGCUCUUGGUAAUUACAUGAACAGCAGUAAAAGGGGAGCCGUGUAUGGAUUCAAGCUGCAGAGUUUAGACCUGCUGUUGGAGACUAAAACCACGGACAGAAAGCUGACCCUGUUGCACUACAUAGCCAACGUUGUCAGAGAAAAAUACCCAGGCGUCGCUCUGUUCUACAAUGAGCUGCACUAUGUAGAGAAAGCUGCUGCCGUGUCCCUGGAGAAUGUGGUGGCUGACGUGAAGGAGUGUCAGCGCGGCAUGGAGCUGACGUGGCGGGAGUACAGCAUGCAUGGCCACAACCCGCUCCUGAAAGACUUCAUCAGCAAACAUGAGACCCGACUGCAGAAGUUACAGGAGGACGCGCGCAUCGCACAGGAUGCGUUUGAGGAUGGGGUGAAGCACUUCGGGGAGAGCUCUAAGACCAUGCCUCCCUCUGUCUUCUUUCCCGUGUUUGUUCGAUUCAUCAAAGCCUACAGGCUGGCGGAGGAGGAGAAUGAGCAGAGGAGGAGGCAGGAGCAAGCGCUGAUGGAGAAGCUAGAGCUGGAGGAGCAACAACAGGAGCAGGAGGAGCCUAAGUCCCCAUCCAAUCGCCCAAAGCAGCGGCAGCAGGAGUCCCUGAUCACAGAGUUGAGAAGGCGACAGGGUGGCAAAGACAGCAGACAUGUCUACGAGGGAAAGGAUGGUGCUAUAGAGGACAUCAUUACAGUGCUGAAGACUGUCCCCUUCACUGCCAGGACUGCCAAACGCAGCUCUCGCUUCUUCUGUGAUCCCACCCACACUGAAUAAUUCUACUUCCCUCUCAGAGAGAGACACAGAGGGUGGAGAGAGAGAGAUAAAUGGACAGGGUAGAGGAGAGAAAGGGGGAGGGUGGGCUGGUUUGAAGAGAUGAAAGGUGAAGUAAAAAAAGGUCAUUCAAAUUUGAGAGAGGAGAGAAACUUUGUGUCGAGAGACAAAGAGACUGCUAGAGAGAGAAAGACACAGAGAGGGACAGACUGUUAAAGAAAGACAGAAAAAGGAGAGAGAAUUUUUUUUCUGGAGUAGUGAUUCUAUCUUAGAAGCUGAAAACUGAAUUGUGAUCUGUGAAUCAGAAAGGACAUCAAGAUGUCCCGUGACCUCAUCUGCCUGGUCUGACAUCACUGACUCUGCAUCCCCAUCCCUCACGUACACAUGUUAUGAAGCUUCAUAGCUGUUUAUUACUGUUUAUAAUCCUUCUAUAAUCACAGACUGUAACCCCAGAAUUGACCUGCAGCCCAUCAUGCACUUUGACCUUCUAUCCUUUAAACUCGCUUUUGGAGGUGCUCGGGUUAGAUGGAGUUACUCCGUAAGCUAUGACAGUGACAGAAUAGUCUGGACGUUUAGUAGCAAAAUAGCAUUGCCCGUAUAUCAGUUAAUCACAGAAAUGACAAGCAAAAACAGAACAGCAAAAAUAAACAGCUGUUUUUUUGUCCAAAUAGUAUUUGUGAUGUACAGUAGGUGUCCAAAGCUGUGUGAUGAUGUCAGCAAACUAUGUUUGCUGUCAUAGCUUAUUGAGGAGGGAGGAGUGUAAGCAGUUAUCGUUAAACAUUCCAACCGAUUCUAAUUGAUAAUAAUAUCUCUAAGGGCUGUUAACCCAAUCCCUGGGAAUAUAAAAUAGCUCCUAGAGAGGUUGUUAUAUUCCCAGUCCAUUCCUAUCCACUUGGAAAGUUCCCGAAUGGAACACGGAUGAUAGUUUUGGAAACCUUCAUGGGCUCUUCCAUGGUCCCGCUGUCUGCUGCUGUGUGACAGUGAAACUUGUACAGCGCUCGCUACCUUCACUAGAUUGACAGUAUUACUGCUACUACUUAGUACCGUCGCCCUCCAGCUGGGUCUUCCCGCAGCUCAGGUCCUCCAGUUCCUCAAUCCCACUGGUUAUCCUUACUCCUUGGCACUUAAUUGUUUUUAAUAAUACUGACUGUGAUUGGCGGCAGAGUGCCCACACACCUGGUUUCUCCGAAUAGAAAUCAGUCUCAGAUUGAAAGAGAGGUAUGGAAACCCGUCUACAGUGUGGCCCUCGAGGACAGGAGCUGUUAACCCGUAUUACCCUAAAAUAAACGUACCUGUCUUAUCCUUGCCUGACCAUCCAACCAUUGGGCUGAGUGCCAGGCUGUUUCUGCAUAACUUGGGAAUGUGAGUUAAAGGAGUGUUCUUGUAGUGUUCUUGAGUGCAGAAACAAUUUGACACCUAGGCUACUACGCCACCCAUGAUCUUUCCUGACUCAUGGGACCAACUUUUGGCGAAACUUUAAAGAAAAAUCGCUCCAUUUCAUAAGAAACUCAUUAAAACAAUUUACUGAAAAAACAGCACAAGACUUUUCUACAUGUAUAUAUUUUUUCUAGGGUAUCCCGCUCGUUGCUUUUACCCCCACCCUCACCUCUGCUGUUUGUGUCAGUGUUGAUGUUCAUUCUGCACAUGUUGUGUAAAUAAAAUGUAUCCAGUC